AAGAAAACAAAAUUAAAUUGGUUAAUCAUUUGGGCAACAAACGAUGUUAAUUACUAUAUUGCUGUUAUUCAUCCUCAUUAUAUUGGUGUGGAAUUAUUAUGCACAUUAUGGAAGAAACGGGCGUCUCAUCAAUCUUAUACCAGGUCCAUCAGGUUUCCCGAUUCUAGGAAAUAUUUUCCAAUUUCUUGGUUCACAAGAGGAACUAUGGAAAAUAGUGUCUACUUUUAAUAAACAGUAUCACAUUUUUAAAGUUUGGUUGUUUUUUCUGUCCGCUGUAUUCAUCAAUCAUCCAGAUGAUCUAGAGACAAUACUAAGCAGCUCGCGGCACAUUGAAAAGAGUAUAAUUUAUGAACAUAUAAAACCUUGGCUCGGUACUGGUCUUCUCACUAGUGGAG